AGAGGAAACCGGUUCGAUUUUUAUUUUCUACCGAUCCAGCCACGGGACUCGGAAAUAACAAAGGGACGUAUAAAGGUCAGAAAAAAUCUAAAGAAAAGAGGCUGAACCCCGAGUUUGACGUCUCUGGCGAAGAAUCUAUUCUCCAUGGCUGCAAGCACUCAAACAAUCCUUGAAUGGCACCAAUACGUGCAUGCUCUGAAGCACUUAAAGCUGGCAGGGUCAGUGGACUCAACAUGAUCGCGUAAAUGAAUUGACGAUUAUGAUCAAAUAGCAAAUGCGCUUGAAUUGACUCAUAACAUCAAGCCGGUCAUGUGCGCAGAAAUGUAAUUCGGUAAGUGUCUGCGCAUGCAUGAGUAACGAGCUAGCAAAAUGGCGGAUGCCUCCUAUUACCUCAGAGCAGUUUUGUCCCAAGGAGCUGGGAGCUCCUCAGUUCCAUUCCUCAGUUUCAAAGUUGGACACCCCAAUCAAUUUGAAAGUUGAAUUUGCCAUUUUAAUUAUUCUUUUUCGAUUCCCUGAUGUAAUCACUUGCAUAAGGGACUGACACAGCAACAUGAUUUUAUCAUUGUUAUCAGUAUGUGUCAAUGUUAAUAAUGUCAAUGACAUUGUUAUCAGUAUGUGUCAAUGGUGCUGAAAAUCUACUGUAACAUUUAUAAGCUUACUUUAUAUUUAUGAUAAAUCAAUAUAAUCUUACAGAGACUGAAGAGACAGCAGAACACUGCAUUCCAAAUGAUGGAGAAAAUGCAGAUUUGUCAGAUGAUUUUACGGAUAUUUUAAGCCGAGCAAGAGAACUGCUGAGAAACUGGGAGGGACAGAGCAGGCACAGGCCUUCCUGGAGCGAAAGAUCCAUCACACUACAAGAAAGCUGGGAAUCUCUGCGUUCUCAGCUAUUCAAUGCUAAACUAGAGUCGUUUGCAGUAAUGCCCAGCCAAACAUGCAUGCUUUGUAUUAAUAAAAUGCCAAGUAUACAGUGCUCAGACUGUGGACCAAGAACUGCUUUGUGUUCUGAGUGUGAUAUAUCUGUACAUAAAAGCAGUCCAUUCCAUGACAGACAGGCACUGGUGAAGGGCCAUUAUGUUCCAAUAGUGCCCUGCUUAUCAUGGUGUACUACCUCAGAGACCUGGAAAAAUGAGAGUAAAAGUAUCCCUACUAAAGAUGAGGUCUAUUGCCCUGAGUGCAACCACAAAUGCUGCAUAGCUGGAUUCCUUGAAUCACAUAUAUUUGUUGUGACUAUGAAAGGGCGGUUUGAUCUGAAUAACCUGAGAUACGUUUGUACCAGUUGUGAUAAGACAUGGGGGGGUAACCACCCCAUUAUUCUUGUGCAGCUCGGCUUCUGGCCAGGGAGCAUAACUGGUGCAUGUUACGCCUUUGAUGAUAGCCUCUUUGUCUACUGGGACAUGCUGCAGAAGCAGGUGCCAGGCAUCUCAGAAAGGGCCUUUCUCAAAUCUCUUGAGGAGUUCUCCAAGUGUAGAGGGCGAGUUGGCACAGUCAAUCCACAGACAUUCCGGACAGCAUUUCGUGAAUGGAAAUAUUGCCAGUUUGAGAUAGAUAAAAUCCGCCAACUUGACUGGAUGACCUGCCCAGCCUGUGACGACCUGCCACAUUCCAUGCACGUUGAUGGUAACAUGAAGCUUUACCGGUUCGCAUCUGCAGGAAAACGUAAAGCAGACAGUUACUACGGUGAAGCCUUCAUUGCCAAUAACGUAAAGGUCGAUGCACACUUGCAAAAUGUGUACCAGUGCCCCACGAAGAAGAGUGACAGUUCUAAUGGCAUGUGUGGCGAAAGCAACUGGCGUGCUGCAGGAAAUGUGGCAAAGAAGAGGAAAAACCUUUCUGAAACAGGUCUCGAAAUCGCCGGAUGUAGACAUGCCCUUGCCCAUAAUGCAGUGAACAUGUUUCACGGGGAGAUUUAUGGGUACGCGCACUAUCUCCAGACAACAUACUUUCUGCCAAAGGAAGUCGAAUUUUUUUGGUAUGACGUAGUUUGUCAGUACUGGCCCUGGCUGCGGAUGCAUGAUCCAGACACAGCGUCAAAAAUGAAGCCCGCCUUAUCAGUGAUGCACGCCAAGGCACAUUCCUGGAACUGUCAGCCGCAGUGGGGAGGGCGAUGGCAGGAGGGUGCUGCCGCAACAACAGGCGAAGAGGUCGAACUGAUAAACAGCCACUUUUCUCGACUUGGGUCGUCCACUAAACAUAUGCUUCCAGAGGGUCGGGAAGAGCUCCUUACAGAGCAUGCACAAAAGUGGAAUCAGAGGAAGAUAGAAUCCCUCCCACGUUCAUUGGCUCAGCGUUACAGCAAGGUAAUAUACUCUUCUUUUAGGCCACGUUGGAAGUCAUAUCAAGUGACAACAACGGAAAUGUUGUUGCUGUAUUCUUUGCUUUCAAAUGCUCAACAGGCAGAGAAACGUUUAGAAGGUCUGACUCAAGAGAUAAGCGAGAAGCUUGCGGGCGUAGAUGCUUCCUUUGAAGAGUGGAAGGCCGAAGUGAUUGCAGUUGCACGAGCUGAAGAGAAGUCUGCCUCUACUAUUUACAAGACCUCUCCUGAAGAGGACAUGCUCCUGGGCCACAUCCAAAGUCUUGGUGAACGUGCGUCACCAACUCACAGACAGCUGUUGAAAGUGUUCGACAUUGCUAGCAAGAGAAAGAAGGAGCUGGUAGCCCCAUGUUCGCUGUCAUUCGAUGUUGAUGGCACCGAAACCCGGCUCAAGGGCAAAACUCUUGCCUAUCUCAAACAGAGGAUAGUUGCUGCCCACUACGCUAUCUCCCAGGCGGCCUACAACAUGUCGAAGAUGACAGAUAGUGGCAAGCAAAGAAGUAAACUGCGCAAAAAAAUAUCGCAAACAAAAACAGAGGCAGCUGUCCUGGUAGAUGCUUGGGAGAAGCUUGACGGCAGGAAGAUAUCCAUGAGCCAAAUGGAGGUCGGCCAAUUUCCGUGGUGCGAUAGGCAUGAGGAUGAUUCAGCAAUUCCAGUGCGUACCAAGCGUCUUCUGGUAGACUUAGAGAUGGAGAGGCGGCGGUAUACCGAGGAAAGACAGGUGGUGAAAAGGGAGAUGCGCUCCUUUUUGCUUUACUACUGCAGAAACUUGUUACCGUCGUUGGAGCUGCAAAAAGAAAAACUUGAAGACUUUCUUGCAGGUGACACAGGCAACCAGGUUUUGCCGAUAGAUAUCACAACUGAGCCCCCACAACAGAGACGACGUUACGAAUCCAACUCCCUCAGAGAGGGUGUCCUCAGGGGAAAGCUGGCCCUGGUUCAACAAGGGAUCGAAUUUGCGAUGCGGCAAAUUUCGUCAGGCUUUUCUUCCUUUGCCCCUGUACUAAAUGAAGACUUGGAGGAGUUCCGUGACACUCUGCAGACGCCUGAUGAAGAAGAAAACGAGGAGGAAGAAGAUGACGAAGAGGAGUCUGAUGAGAGUAGCGAUGACGAAGGAGACGACGCAAUUCCGUCUACAGCCAUACAGUCUAAAGACUUAGGCCAAGGCGUCCACGCCUGGUGUUUCCCUGAAACAAUAAGUCAAGGAACAUUCAACGGUAGAAACGGAAGCAGUGCAUGCAGCGUAAUUGCCUUGGUAAUUGGCCAUAUUUUCUGGAGCAAAUCUCUUUUGCUCCCGCGUCCGUCCGCUUUGCUCCCAGAAAGUAACGUUGCUGCAAUGUGCGUAGGUAUCGAGCAGGGAAACAGGAUUUAUGACCUGCAAAGGAGCAGCCUUCCCACGCGGUACCUCUCCAUAGAGGAAGCCGCAGGCUAUCUCGCACCAUGGUUUGACUGCUCCAUUCGUGAGACCUUACCCGUCCGCCUAGAAGAUCCGCACGAGGAAACAACAAUCGUAUAUCAGUUACAAAAUGCCGUUCCUCCUGUGGGGUCUUUCAAUCUAGCUUGCCUUACGAUAAGUUGUAGGUCUGCACUUUUCGUGAUCAGCGGCACUCAAAUUGCUUACUUUGAUAGUCACUCGCAUAUGGCUAAUCACGGCGCGCUAGUACUGUUAUGUGCAACAGAAAACAUGCGUACGUUUUGCGAGGCGUUAUGGCGUUACGAGGGCUUUAACAAACCCACAUAUGGUAACUUAUCUAUGGUAGAAUUCCAUUAAAUUUGUAGCCGGGGUCACCUGCUGAAUAGACAAAUUGUUAGUCGUCCCUAACUUUUACUCGCUAACAUAUGCGCACACGCAAAUCUUCAGAGGAACAUAGGGAUGUGUGUCCUAUCGCGAUACAGAACGAGGACUCUUUACUUCGGGAUAUCAUUUCUGUCCCAACGCAACGUUAGGUAAAAGUGAUUGUAUAGGCAUGUAACUGUAACUGUAAAGUAGCACAUUUAUAUUAAUCCGGCGAGGCUGGGAUUAUCAAACAGAGAGAACUUAUAAUUAAAAGUAGUGAACAAAUCAAA